UCUCUCUUUUGCUCUCUCUCAUCUCUCUCUCUCUCUCUCUCUCUCUCUCUCUCAAUCACCCUCACUCUCUCUGCUCAUACUCUAUCUCUGUGUCGUACCCAUUCUGUCUUUCUCUGUCUCUGUUACACACUCCAACUCUGUGCCUGAGCUAGUCGGAGUGGGCUUUCUCCUCGACUUGUUUGCAUGUGUGUGUUUGUGUUUGUGUGUGUGUUCAUGCGUGCACCUGAGUUUGCAGACUGUGCCUGAGUGUCCGAGCAAGUGUGCAAGUGGCAGAACUCACAGUGAGUGUGGGAUCUUGGCUGUGGGGUGACAGCACACGCUCGAGUGUGUGUGUGUGUGUGUGUGUGUGUGUGUGUGUAUGUGUGUGUAUGUGUGUGUAUUUCUGUGUGGGUGGGUGUUUGUGGGAGUGUAAGUAUGUGUGCCUGACCGAGCGAUUGUCCGUUUGAUCGCCCGUGUUUGUUUUUGCGUGUGUGGAUGUGUGUGUCUCUCUCUCUCUGUCCCUCACGCCUUCCUCCUCCUCUUCCUUUUCCUCCUCCCCCUUCUCCUCCUCUUCCUCUGCGCCUUCUUUGUGAAGCUUCUGUGGGAUCCUACGGUGUGCGUGGAUCCCCCCUCUCUCCGGACAGAAUCACCGGCCCGCCAGCAGUCACCAUUUCGGCCCGGGAAGACCCACGCUGGCUGCCCAGCCCCUCCCGCGCCUCAGCCUGGGCAGGAAGACCCUGGUGGCGGCGGCCGUGGGCGUGAUGCUGGUGCUGGUGCUGGUGGUGCUCAUACCGGUGCUGGUCAGCUCCGUGGGCAGCGACAGCAGCCACUUCGAGAUGUUGGGCACCUGCCGCAUGGUGUGCGACCCAUACCUGGGCCGCGGCACCACCGCAGCCACCGGGGCCCAGGGCGAGGCCGAGGCCCUGGCUGACCACAGCAACAUGCCACCGCCCUCCACUCUCCACCAGGGGCCGCAGGGAAAGCCUGGGCGGCCGGGGAAGCCCGGACCCCCGGGACCGCCAGGGGAGCCCGGCCCCCCAGGCCCCAUGGGACCCCCGGGGGACAGGGGCGAACGGGGCAAGGGUGGAGCCCUGGGGUUGGGUGGGGUCAGCGAUGGGGGAGGGGUGGUCAGCACGGCGACCUACGGGCCAGGGGGGGCGCGCGUGGCCUUCUACGCCGGCCUCAAGAACCCGCACGAGGGCUACGAGAUCCUAAAGUUCGACGACGUGGUCACCAACCUGGGGAACAACUAUGACAGCACGUCAGGGAAGUUUAUCUGUGGCGUGCCAGGGACAUACUUCUUCAUCUACCACGUGCUCAUGAGAGGGGGAGACGGGACCAGCAUGUGGGCUGACCUCUGUAAAAACGGACAGGUGCGGGCGAGCGCCAUAGCGCAGGACGCUGACCAGAACUACGACUACGCCUCCAACAGCGUCAUCCUGCACCUGGACGCCGGCGACGAGGUCUACGUCAAGCUGGACGGCGGCAAGGCCCACGGCGGCAACAACAACAAAUACAGCACCUUCUCUGGGUUCAUCCUGUACAGCGACUGACCAAUGGAGGGUCUCAACACAGGAGAGUGGACAGAGAUAGAGAUGGACAGAGGGGGAGGGAGAAAAGAAGAUGGAUAGAGAAGGGAGGGGGGGGAUGGAGGGAGGGAGUGAUUUAACCAACCAACUCUUUGUUCAUCACCCACACUGGAGUCACACUCUCACUCGCUUACCAUCCGAACCAACGGCACACACAUCAGGCUUGUCAGUGAGUGUGUGUGUGCGUAUGAGUGUGUGUGUGUGUGUGUGUGUGAUGUAAAUGGUAGUGGAUCCCUCUGUAGAGGAUGAAGUUGUUGAGACACUAGCCUUCUGUCCACAGAGAUACAAUAUCUAUGCCUACAUGACCCUGUCCCUGCCCCCUAGCCCCCAAGUUGUAUACUUUCCUGUAGAGUAAGAGUAUGUUCCUUCCUGUCUAGAUAUAUCUAUCUAUGAACGAGAAUAUUUUCCUAAACAAUUUUGUGAGAUGUCCAUUUGCUGUUCUCGGGGAUGUCUUGCUUAUGGGCAGUUAAAGAUUCCAAUGGCCACCAUCCUUGCCAAGUGUGUCUCUAUGUGUACAUUGUCACCUAGGGGUUGGGAGGUGAACUUUUUUCAGCUUCCUUGUUGCAAACUGUCAUGCCCACACACAUGGAUCAUGCUGCAGGAAUAUGCUGGCUGUGGGCUGUACCACUGUCU